GUGAGUUGGUGCCUCCGUCAUUAACAGAUCAGCCAAGCUUAUUGUGUAUAUAUAUAUGUAUAGCAACUUGCAAGAGAAGAGGAAAGAAGCAGAUCGAAGGAGCAGUGGCCGGUCAGGAUAAGAAGAACAAUCGGAAGCCGCAAUCAGAAAUGGAGGAAGCGAUGAGCUGCCUGAGAGUCGUGAUGUUCCAACCGCCGCCGUCGCUCUUCGUAUCAGCGAUGUCGGCGGCGGUGGUAGCGUAUCUGGCCUUCUUCGGCCUCUCGGAGAUCCGAGGCACACACUUGAAGUACUCCAAGUUCGCCGGCUCCUCGUCGUCGUCGUCGAAAUCGUCCUCCUCCCUCCCCAGCAGAAUCGGGAUGCUCGUGCUCUACUUCCCGGCCUUCCUCGCCGCCAUCGCCUCCUUGCUCUUCCUCCAUGGCGGCGGCGGCGCUCCUCCUCCGUCUUCUAGGCUCCUCCUUGUCGAGUCCGCCCUCGCCGUCCAUUUCCUCAAAAGGCUGCUCGAGACACUGUUCCUGCACAAGUACAGCGGCACCAUGGCCGUCGAAUCCGCGAUUCCGAUCAGCCUAAGCUACUUCAGCAUCACGGCAAUCACGAUCUACGCCCAGCGUUUGACGGAGGCAACGAUCCCGGAGCCGGCUGUGGAUUUGAAGCUCUACGGGGUGGCGCUGUUCGUCGUUGGGAUCGCCGGCAAUUUCUACCACCAUUACUUGCUCUCCAAGCUGAGAUCAGACCGCGGCGAGAACAGCAAGAACAAAGAGUACAAGAUCCCCAAGGGUGGGAUGUUUGAGCUGGUGAUCUGCCCUCAUUACCUGUUCGAGAUCAUCGGAUUCUACGGUAUAGCCCUCGUCUCGCAGACGCUCUACGCGUUCUGCGUCGCCGUCGGGACUACUCUGUACCUGAUGGGAAGGAGCAAAGUCACCAGAGAGUGGUACCUGUCAAAGUUUGAUGAUUUUCCUGCUCAUGUCAAGGCUCUGAUUCCCUUUGUUUUCUAGAUUUAUCGAUCGGUACGAGAGAAUUUUGAGGAUCUUGACGACGACUGGCUUGUUGCCAGUUCCGUCGUGUUAUUACUGUCUCCAAUGUACACUGUAAUUUACAUGUCAAUCAAGUGGGAGCUUACAGGCAUACAUUGCAAGCU